GUGCGCGGCUGCGGGGCGGCGGGGCGACCGCGGGCGCCGGCCCUCGACGUGCGGAGGGAGGACGAGGUGGUGCGCGGCGAUGCGUCGCCUGCUGUUGCUGCUGGCGCUGGCGCUGCACGGCUGGCGGGCCUGCCCCGGAGCGGAGUCGGAGAGACCCUCCAGCAGCCCCACAGAUAAAUUAUUAGUCAUAACUGUAGCAACAAAAGAAAGUGAUGGAUUCCAUCGAUUUAUGCAGUCAGCCAAAUAUUUCAAUUAUACUGUGAAGGUUCUUGGUCAAGGAGAAGAGUGGAGAGGAGGUGAUGGAAUUAAUACCAUUGGAGGGGGCCAAAAAGUGAGAUUAAUGAAAGAAGUCAUGGAACAGUAUGCCAAUGAGGAUGAUUUGGUUAUCUUGUUUACUGAAUGUUUUGAUGUCAUAUUUGCCGGUGGUCCAGAAGAAGUCCUAAAAAAGUUCCAGAAGACAAACCACAAAGUGGUGUUUGCCGCAGAUGGACUUCUGUGGCCGGAUAAGAGACUAGCAGACAAGUAUCCCAUCGUACACAUUGGGAAGCGCUACCUGAAUUCAGGAGGAUUUAUUGGUUAUGCUCCAUACAUCAAUCGUAUAGUUCAACAGUGGAAUCUCCAGGAUAAUGAUGAUGAUCAGCUCUUUUACACUAAAAUUUAUAUUGACCCACUGAAAAGGGAAGCUAUUAACAUCACAUUGGAUCACAAAUGCAAAAUUUUCCAGACCUUAAAUGGAGCCGUAGAUGAAGUUGUUUUAAAAUUUGAAAAUGGUAAAGCAAGAGUUAAGAAUACAUUUUAUGAAACAUUACCAGUGGCAGUUAAUGGAAAUGGACCCACCAAGAUUCUCUUGAAUUAUUUUGGAAACUAUAUACCUAAUUCGUGGACCCAGGAUAAGGGCUGUACUCUUUGUGAAUCUGAUACGAUUGACCUGUCUGCGGUAGAUGUCCAUCCAAAUGUAACAAUAGGUGUUUUUAUUGAGCAACCAACUCCAUUCCUACCUCGAUUUCUGGAUCUACUGUUGACACUGGAUUAUCCAAAAGAAGCACUUAAAGUUUUUAUUCAUAAUAAAGAAGUUUAUCAUGAAAAGGACAUCAAAGUGUUUUUUGAUAAAGCUAAACAUGAAAUCAAUACUAUAAAAAUAGUAGGACCAGAAGAAAAUCUAAGUCAAGCGGAGGCCAGAAACAUGGGAAUGGAUUUUUGUCGUCAGGAUGAGAAGUGUGAUUAUUACUUUAGUGUGGAUGCAGAUGUUGUUUUGACAAAUCCAAGGACUUUAAAACUUUUGAUUGAACAAAACAGAGGAGUAUGGAAUGUACCAUACAUGGCUAAUGUGUACUUAAUUAAAGGAAAGACACUGCGCUCAGAGAUGAAUGAGAGGAACUAUUUUGUUCGUGAUAAAUUGGAUCCUGAUAUGGCUCUUUGCCGAAAUGCUAGAGAAAUGACUUUACAAAGGGAAAAAGACUCCCCUACUCCGGAAACAUUCCAAAUGCUCAGCCCCCCAAAGGGUGUAUUUAUGUACAUUUCUAAUAGACAUGAAUUUGGAAGGCUAUUAUCAACUGCUAAUUACAACACUUCCCAUUAUAACAAUGACCUCUGGCAGAUUUUUGAAAAUCCCGUGGACUGGAAGGAAAAAUACAUAAACCGUGAUUAUUCAAAGAUUUUCACUGAAAGUAUAGUUGAGCAGCCUUGUCCUGAUGUCUUUUGGUUCCCCAUAUUUUCUGAAAAAGCCUGUGAUGAAUUGGUAGAAGAAAUGGAGCAUUAUGGCCAGUGGUCGGGGGGAAAACAUCAUGAUAGCCGUAUAUCUGGUGGUUAUGAAAAUGUCCCAACUGAUGAUAUCCACAUGAAGCAAGUCGGGCUGGAGAGCGUGUGGCUUCAUUUCAUCCGGGAAUUUAUUGCACCGGUUACACUGAAGGUCUUCGCAGGCUAUUACACAAAGGGAUUUGCACUCCUAAAUUUCGUAGUGAAAUACUCCCCCGACAGACAGCGUUCUCUCCGCCCGCAUCACGAUGCUUCCACCUUCACCAUUAACAUCGCCCUGAAUAACGUAGGAGAAGAUUUUCAGGGAGGCGGAUGCAAAUUUCUAAGGUACAAUUGCUCGAUUGAAUCGCCACGAAAAGGCUGGAGCUUCAUGCAUCCUGGGAGACUCACGCAUUUGCAUGAAGGACUUCCUGUUAAAAAUGGAACGAGAUACAUUGCAGUGUCCUUCAUAGAUCCCUAAAUUAUUUACUUCUCAUUGAAUCGGAUUUUCUUUUCAGUGGAUGACUGGCGUGAACAUGUCUCUGAAGUGGUGCUGGACAAGAUGAGAAGAAUAUUUAAGUAACUUUAACAGAACAACUUCACUUCGGGCCGAACAUUUGAAAACUUUCUAUAAAAAAGUUGAUAUUUCUUAAUAUCUGCUCUGAGCCUUAAAACAUAGGUUGAAGAAGAAAAGAAAGAAAAAGUGAAAGAAAAUAUUUAUUUCUACGCUUUAUUUUCUGUGACAAUGAUGACAAUUUUAUGAAUUUGUUUCAAGCUGAUAAAAUAUUCAGGUACAA